AUGUUGGAAUACCAAAACGUCGUUGGGGGACGGCUGAAGCUGAAGGGUAAAGCGCUGGACGUGAAGGAUGGUGGUGUAAUGAAAAAGAAGAAGAAGUACCAGCGUGAGGAAUCGUCUCAGACUGAAUCUGAUAAGAAUGGAGACGAAAGGAACCCACAUUCUAACUAUGACUAUCUCACACCAGCAGAGCGCCGCUACAUGGAACAGAAGCAGAAGAUCGACAUGAAGAAGAUGGCCAAAGUCGCAAACAAGUCGUACAAGGACCACAUGCAGGACUUCAACCAGUACCUGGCUAACCUCAGCGAGCACUAUGACAUCCCCAAAGUUGGUCCUGGCUAACCUGGCUGUGUUACGCACAAACAAUUGUAUGCUGUGUGGGUCUAUCUACUUUUCUGUUAGCAUAUUAUGUAUCGUUUUACAUAUAUUGUAAAACGACUUGUUGCCACCAGUAGAUAAUAUUUAUUGUCAAAAGCU